UCGAAAAAGAAUAGAAGAAGCAGCGUUUAUAAUUUGAAUUAUAUUGAAAUUUUUGUUUUAGUGAAAGAAGAGAAUGAAAAGCUUCACCUUUUAUCUACUUGUAGUCUUCAUGGCUUUGUUUUCUUCAUUUGCUUUUGCUACUGAUCCAGGUUCCCUGCAAGACUUUUGUGUCGCAGCUGAAAACCCAAAUCAUGCUGUCUUUGUGAACGGUUUAUUCUGCAAGGACCCAAAUCUUGUUGUAGCCGAUGAUUUCUAUCUUUCCCGUUUCAAUAAACCUGGAGUAAUUACGAACCCAGUAGGAUCCAUUGUUACAUUGGAUAAUGUUUUUAUAAUUCCUGGACUUAAUACUCUUGGUCUCUCAGUGGCUCGUGUUGACUAUGCACCAAAGGGAGUUAAUCCACCGCAUACACAUCCAAGAGCAACUGAAGUUUUAACCGUAAUGGAAGGUACUCUUCGGGUUGGAUUUGUCACAUCAAAUCCAGAUAACAAGCUCUUCACCAAAUUGAUUUACAAGGGAGAUGUGUUUGUAUUCCCUCAGGGACUCAUUCAUUAUCAAAUGAACGUGGGGAAAACCCCUGCUAUUGCUAUCUCCUUCUUAAGUAGCCAAAACCCUGGUGUAAAUAGAAUAGGGGACGCUGUUUUUGGUUCCAAACCAUUCAUUGAUGAUUACGUUUUGACGAAGGCUUUUCAAGUUGACAAGAAAUUGGUCGAUAUACUUCAUUCUCAGUGUGUUUAAAUUGGAUAUCGAUUCUGAAUUAUAUGAAUUGCAAUGAUAUAUUUGUACCUAUAAAAUAUU